ACAUACAAGCUUAAUUACUCUCUACAUACAUUUUGCGAGGAAACAACUAAUUAAUCAAUCAAAAGAUGGAAGGCAAAACUUUGAUUCUAAGUGUGCUCGUGAUGAGUUUGUUCAUGGCACAAAUUCAAGUUGACGCCAAAAGCUGCUGCCCGAACAGAACUGCUAGAAAUGUCUAUAACGUUUGCCGCUUAGGACCAGCUCCCAGCCCGGCAGUAUGUGCAAGACUUAGUGGCUGCAAAAUCAUUAAUGGGUCGACAUGUCCUAACGGAUAUACAAAUGACAUUCUUGAAACCACAGGUGAUGCUGUCAAUGAAUACUGCAAGUUGGGAUGUGUAUCUUCUGUGUGUGGUGCUCUGACCACUCUCGAGAACUCUGAUGCAAGUGAAAUCGUGAAUGAAGCGGUAGACAAAUGUGCAAAAGCAUGUUCUACCGUGUGUACCAAAAGCUCGAUGAAUGCAGUUGAAACUGCCUAGAAAACCAUGAAAAUAUACUACGUACGUCUAAGUGAAGGGUGUGACCAUCUUUCAUGUUUUUAAUAAUUGUCAUGUAUGUGACAAAAAUGUUAAAACUCUCGUGGUCGUUUGUGUAUGUGCGAAGAAGGUUGUUCGAUCUAUAGAUUGUAAUAUGCCUUCUACUUCUUAGUUUUUUAAAUAAUGAAUUGUUUGUGUUCGUAU